AUGUUUUCAAACCGACUCUUUUCAACUUUACGAUUACGAUUGGGAUCCACUUUUACCAAUCGUUCUUUUUCAUCCUUUCCUGCUCAACAUAUCGCCAACGCUCCUUCGCUUAUAAAAUUCUCUCCAAUUCUUGCUUCAACUUCGAAUUUCUUUAACAAUCGUACAAUCCAUUCAAGUUCAAGGUUAAAUAAUGUGGCACCAACUGCUUAUGAGGUCGAUAAAGAUUAUUGGUCUCUAAAAACUACAAUUGAUGAUAUUCGUGCAAAAUAUGGAUUGGGAGGUGGUACUAGAAUUAAAGACCCAAAUCUCGAUCAAAAUUCUGACUUGGACUUGGAAAUUGAUUUAACUGUUGCUGACAUUAAAAAGAUUGUUAAAAUUCAACAAUUAUUGGAAAAGGCCGCACAAGAUUUAUCCUUUUUGGUUUCUGCUUCACCCCCAGAAAUCUUUAGCGAUCCUAAUAGUAUCAGAGAUGAUGAUGUUGCUCUCAAAGCUAAUGUUAAAAAAGUUUUAUGGUUGGUUGAGGACGAUGAUAUGUCCGGUAACGCUGAAGAAGCAAUUAAGAGUUUCAAAGAAAACAGAGUUGCUGGUAAUGUUGACAUGAAUGCUUAUACCUUAGAAGAUGGCAAAGAUGAGAAUCCUCAUGUCGGAUUUCGGCAAGACUUGUAUCAAUAA